AACUAUCGAUAGUGCAGAACUAACAACAAUAAAGCGCAACACGCACAAAAUAGACACACAAAAAUAAAAAACAGAGUUUCAGCAUCUUCAUAGUCGUAUGCGUGUUUGUAUACACGCUUUGUGUGUUGUGUGUGCGUGUGUGUGGGCGUUUUGUUUUGCAGUAAGAAGAACAUAACAAACAACACAACAGAAACAAUAGUUAAUCACAAAUGCCGCGAAAUUUGGACAGCGGAUCACGUCUAGUGGAUCUAGGCGUUGUCUGCUUAAUUUGUUUGCGCACCGAACCCGGCUAUUGUUCCAUCUAUGGCCAGGAUCUGGAGACGCCACACAUGCAGAUUGUGGACAAAAUACGCAGCUGCAGCGCACUGCAAUUGGACAAGCCAUUUCUCAGCCAGCUGCCGGAUAAGAUCUGCCACGGCUGCCACAAUGAGUUGAGCAUCACGUAUCGUUUCCAACAAAAGUGUCUCGAGGCCCAAAAGGUCUUUCAAUCGGCGGCAGCGACGGCGACACUGCUGCUGGAUGUCGACAAGCUGCAGCUGGAGCAGCAGCAGCAAUUCAAACUGCCAUCCAGUCUGCGCAUCAAACGCCUUGAAGCCGAGCCGCCUCUGGCAACCAAAAUCAAGUAUUAUAAUAGCGACGAAGUGGAGGAUCGAGCUGAUGAGGAUGUGGUGGAAGAGGAGGAGGAGGUGGUGGUGAAGCACGAGGAGCCAAUUGCCACAAUUGUGCUGCAGGACGAUGACAAGUUUCUGGCUUUGGGCGUCGAUUGGACAACAGCUGCGCAGCAAGAGCAAGAACUGGAGUUGGAGCAAGAGCUAGAGUUGGAGCUGGAGCAGGAGGUAGAACUAGAGCUAGAGCAGCACAAGAUGGAAGACGAUGAUGACGAUGAGGAAGAGGACGAGGUGCUGCAGAGCGUGCCCUGCAUCACAGUCUCCACCACCAGCAGCAACAGCAACAGCACAAGCAACAACAACAACAACGACAGCAGCAGCAGCGGCAACAUCAACAGCAUGAUCAACAGUAGCAUAGUCAGCUCGCGAAAUCGCCGCUCCACCGAGCCCAAGAUCUGCGACAUCUGCGGCAACACGUACAAAUAUCAGCAUGCCCUCAGCGCCCACAUGCGACGCCACAACAACGAGCGGCCGUAUCCCUGCGAGGUGUGCCAGAAGGCGUUCAUCUCGAAUGUGGAGCUGAGGCGACAUAUGCGCGUUCACACCGGCCAAAAGCCGUACGGCUGCCGCUAUUGCGAGCGACGUUUCUCGGACUUUGGCAGCAGCAAGAAACACGAACGCAUUCACACUGGAGAGCGACCGUAUGUGUGCGAGGUGUGUCACAAGGGAUUCGCCUAUGCGCAUGUCUUGUCGGUGCAUCGUAGAACGCACACGGGCAAAAAGCAGUUUCAGUGCACGCAGUGCGAUAAGGGAUUCACCAAGAAGAGUUAUCUGGCCACGCAUCUGGAGCAGCAUCGUGUCAACAGCCUGGGAGCGGGCAGCGAUAUCGUUGGUCCACUGCAACGGUUGUCGACACGCAAACAGCGACAACAGCAGCUGCGGGAGCAACAGCAACAGUUGCGCGAGCAGCAGCAACAGUUACGAGAGCAACAACAGCAGCAGCAACGCGAACGCGAACAGCAGCUGCACUUUGGCGAGCAGCUGGAGGAUAAGGAUGAGUACGAUGAUGAUAAUGUUAGCGUUGGCAUAGGCAUCGCCUCGCUGAGUCAUGCGGGUCAUGGGGAACAGAGUUCGUCCAAGGUGCUGGAGGAGUGCAUUGUAAACAAUGAUUUCAUGUUCAACAACGACGAUGACGUCGAUGAUGAUGACGAUGAGCGGGAGGCAGUCGAUGCGACGGCCAAUGCCCAGCAUGAACUGGAUGAUUAUCACGAUGCGGCCGAUGAGCUGGAUGAGAAUGAGUUUCCGCAUGUGCAGCACGUGAAGGGGCCGUACGGUCUGGUCGGUGAUCUGCUCGAUGCCGAGGAUCUGGUCAGCGAUACCAAAUACUUGAUGGAAUAGUGGCACUUGAGCUAUUCCCCUCCUCACUCCCACUCCCCCUCCCACUCCCACUCAUAACCACCUAUCUCCUUUAGUUUGUAUGCAUGCUAAACUUUAAAAUUAGAUUAGAGAGCUUCACAUUCUCGACAGCUGUGUAAAUAACGCCGAGUUGGCAACGGUUUCUUUUCCAACAUAUAUUACGAAAACAAAAAUAUAAACAAAAAACCAAUUGUUCCCUAAAA